AUGGCGAAUCUCAAGUUGAAUGCUGCUUUUGGCGGGGCCUCUGUAGCCCUGCUCGUCCUACUGCUACUGUUCACUCUUCUUCCAGACCAGCGUCACCCGCUCAGUGCCAACACUCGGACUCGAUGGCAAGAUAGGGCGACGGAGCCGAAUGCAGAUGGCAGUGUGUUUCUGCUGGGAGCGGGCAAAGCGGACAUCACCGGCCCUGUAGUAGAGGUGGGCUUUGGGGGCUACGCCAGUUUGGACCAGAUCGGGACUGGCUUACGACAGCGGAUCUUCUCUCGGGCCUUCAUAUUUGCCAAUCCUGAUAAACCGGAGGACACCUUUAUUUACCUGAUCAUUGACUCUCUCACGGGCGACACGGGAAUCCGUCAUGGUGUUCUUGAGGGUCUCGCCGGCCUAGGAAACGAAUACUCGCGCUAUGGCGAGAGCAAUGUAGCUCUCACUGGGACACACUCUCAUUCCGGGCCAGGCGCCUGGAUGAACUAUCUCUUGCCUCAAAUCCCCAACAAAGGGUUUGAUAAGCAGAGCUACCGAGCCAUCGUGGAUGGUGUCUUGCUGUCCAUCAAGCGAGCUCAUGAGAGCUUGGCCCUUGGAUAUCUCCGCUUCGGCUCGAUAGACGUUCAGGAUGCCAAUGUCAACAGAAGCCCAUAUUCAUACGACCACAACCCCGAGGAAGAGAAGGCGAAAUAUUCGGCCAAUGUAGACAAAUCGAUGACCCUGCUGCGAUUUGAUCGGGAAUCGGACAACAAGACAACCGCCAUCCUGACCUUCUUCCCUGUGCAUGGUACCUCGAUGUAUAACAAUAACACGAUCGUAACCGGAGAUAACAAAGGUGUGGCUGCAUGGCUAUUUGAGAGGAGUGUUUUAAACAAUGCAAAGUUUGCAGAUGACUUCGUCGCAGGAUUUUCUCAGUCCAAUGUCGGCGACACUUCCCCCAAUACCUUGGGUGCAUGGUGUGAAGAUGGCUCCGGACAGCAAUGUCGCUACUCAGACAGCACUUGCGGUGGGAAGACGGAAGAUUGUCAUGGCCGUGGACCUUUUUUCCGCGAAAAGGACAACGGCGCCAAAAGUUGUUUCGACAUCGGUCGGCGCCAGUAUGUGGCUGCACGACAAUUGUACGAUGACUUGGAUUCCAAGUCUGUCCAAAUUUCCCCAAGCUCCCAUGUCCACGCUUUCCAUCUAUACCAAGACCUGUCUGACUACACCUUCGUGUCUCCCUUCAACUCCAGCGUCUUAUCCACAUGCUCGGCGGCGCUGGGGUUCUCAUUUGCUGGUGGGACCACCGAUGGGCCUGGAUUUUUUGAUUUCUCCCAGAACAGCAGCGGACCGGCCAACAAAAAUCCACUCUGGUAUGUGGCGCGAGCGUUUCUUCAUCAGCCCUCGCGGGAACAAAAAGCAUGCCAAGCUCCGAAGGAGGUUCUCCUAGACGUGGGCUCCAUCGAUCAGCCAUAUCCGUGGAGUCCGAAUAUCGUGGACAUUCAGGUCCUUCGAGUUGGCCAGCUGUUCAUCAUAAUUUCGACAAGUGAGGCGACGACCAUGGCUGGGCGGCGCUGGAAGGAGGCAAUCGCCAAAUCAGCGAAAGAUACACUUUCUGUCCAGAAUCCGUUAGCCGUUCUUGGGGCCCCAUCUAACAGCUACGCGCAUUACGUAGCGACCGAGGAGGAAUACAGCGUCCAGCGCUACGAGGGUGCCUCAACUCUCUACGGACCUAAUACUCUGGCAGCAUAUGUCAAUCUGACUUUGACGUAUCUCCCUCAUCUCGGUGGGGAUACUUCCGAGCUGUCCCCGAUUCCCUCCGGAGUGACACCUCCGAUAAACACCGAUAAAUCACUCACCUUCAUUCCGUCCGUUGUGUACGAUGGCCGUCCACUGGGUAAGGCGUAUGGAGAUGUUAUUUCAUCGAUGGACAAUGUGACCUACGGACCUGGCGACGUGGUGAGCACGACGUUUGUAGGAGCGAAUCCCCGCAACAACCUUCGUCUUGGGACCACUUUUGCUGCCGUCGAACGACAGAACCCUGACACCAACACCUGGGAAGUUGUACGAAAUGACCACGACUGGAAUCUCGUUUACCAGUGGAAAAGAACAAACACGGUUCUGGGAUAUAGUGAAGUGACUCUCCAGUGGCACGUCGAGGAUGAAUUCUACGACGUGGGGAACCCUAGACCUCUGCAAGGUGGAACCUACCGUCUGCAUUAUUACGGCGAUUCUAAAAGUAUCGACGGGAAGAUUUCAUCCUUUGAGGGCAUAGGCCGCUCCUUCAAGGUGGCUGUCUAG